AGCGUCAUGAAGGGCGAGCUGGGGGAGGCCGAGCAGGUUCUGCACCAAGCCCUGCGGCUCUCGCACCAGUCGGAUAACAGGAAAGCCAUCGUCUACACCUACAGCAUGAUGGCAAACGUGGCCUUCAUGCGGGGACAGCUGGACAAUGCAGAAAAGCUCUACAAAGCAAGCAUGAGCUAUUUGCUUGCAGGGGACACAAAGGAGGAUGACAAUGCAAUCCUUGAGAUGUCCCUCAAGCUGGCCAGUAUCUAUGCUGCUCAGAAACAGCACAAAUUAGCCCUGGCUGGCUACGAGUUCUGCAUCCUGACCUUAGAGGAGAAGAUUGCCAAGCAAAAGGACUUGCCUGAGGAUGUCUUACCAGCUGAAGAAAAGGCCAACACCCGUCUCUUGCUUGGGAUGAGCCUAGACUCCUAUGCUCGCUAUCUCCUAAACAUUAACCAGCUCCCAGUGGCCCAAAAAAUGUAUGAGAAGGCUCUGCAGAUAUCAAAUGAUGUUCAGGGAGAGACUCAUCCACAGACUGUGGUCUUGAUGAAUGACCUGGCAACUGUCCUGGAUGCUCAGGGGCACUACGAUGAGGCAUACUCCUAUGUGAAGAGGGCAGCUGAGCUGGCAAAGGAGACUCAACAUCCUGAGGAGCACAUGGUGCUGAAUAACCUGGCAGCAAUUCUGAUGCACAAAGAAGACUUUCUGCAAGCAAAACAAGUGUACAAAGAAGCUCUCAAGCAGGCACAACAGAAAGGAGAUGUUGCUUCUGUCCAGCAUAUCCAGGAAGAACUAGCUGAGCUGGCCAAGAGGAGAAAGGGCUCCAAAUGAGUUUGGCCACAGAGUCCAACCUUCAGGUGGCUGA